AGGAUUAGGGAAUUUUACUGGUUUGGGCAUCCACAGGUAUUACAACUCCGGAGCGCAAAAUACAGACAAACCGCGUCCGCAGCAUACAAUUAACUUAAAAAAUGUUAUUGGUUGAGUAAUCUUUUUUGAACGUUUGUUUUUAAGAUACGAAAAUCAGUUUGCUUAUUUGAUUUAAAUUGACUUUUGAGCUUCAUAUUUAGAGUUACGCUAGUAGCACUGUUUUAGCAGCUAAGCUAGAUAGCUACACUAGCUUAGCUUGCACUAAUUUGACUAGCUACAGGCUACACAGCAUUUGCCUUGUGCAGUGGAAAGGAGUUUAUUGUUUUCUGACAUGAACAGGCCAGGUUUUGGUGGGGACUCUUUUAACUUCUCCACUGGAAUAACAAGAAAUGGAGUCCCGCCUGUAAAUUUAACAGAGGAGGAUGUAGAUGAUCUCAGGAUCGAGCUAAUACAGGUAGAGGAUGAAAUACAAACUUUGCGGCAGGUGCUUUUGGCCAAAGAAAAGUAUGCUGUGGAAAUUAAGAGGCAACUGGGAAUGGGCCCCCUCAGUGAUCUCAAACAGAACUUGGCCAAAGGCUGGCAGGAGGUCCAGACCUCAACCCCUUAUCUCUCAGCAUCAGCGACGUUGGAGGACAUAAGUCACUCCAACACGUAUAAGAGAACCCAAGAGACUCUGUCCCAUGCAGGCCAGGUGACCACUGCUGCUCUGUCCUCAGUGGGUGUGGCUAUCACUAGGAGAUUAGGAGAGAUGAGAUCAUUACCUCUGCCAAGCCCUCCACGCACCUCCCUGAGCCACCCCAUUAGUGUGCCUGCUAUGAGACAUUCCUCUACUUUCAAGUCUUUUGAAGACAUGGUGGGAAAUGUGAAGGACAAAAUGACUGGCAGCCGAUCAAACCAAGGCACCUCUGGCUUUGACCGAAGCUCAUCACGGGAUGGCCCCUUCUAACACACCACACCUCACCUUCAUGUUGCCCACCCUGUGUCACCUUAACAUGGGUCCUAUAUUCCAUCUGACUGUUUUCAUGGCAAGGAAGCGAAUUAAAAAAUAUUUUAUGUUGGCAGUUUGAACAGCUUGCGUCAUUGGCGUGCAGGUAGAAUAUAGUAUUGUAACCUGACAGAACUUUCUUUUCACAUCAUGUCAUAUAAUGAAUUUUAAGAUCAUGAUACAUUUUUCAACCACAAUAAUUAUUAUAGCCGUGUGAGUGUUUAAAAAAGCAAUGUUCUAUACGUGUUUGUUUACAAAUUUAGAAUUGUUUAGCAACCAUGCACUUAUUUUGUUAAAUUGCUUAAUGGAUGGAGAAUACCAGCUUGUUUACUUUUUGUAUAUUUCAUAGUUUUCAAAUAAAGUCG